AUGAUGUCUGUCACGGCGGUACAGACGGGAGCUGGCACAGUUUCAUCGGGGUCGCUGGAAGGCUCAAUGACCCACUUGCAUGUCGAGAGUGGAGGACACAGACUGAAGGAAUAUGGUACGUGUGUCUGGCUCAAGUUGUUCAAACUCCAAUCGGAUGUUGAGAUCUCGACAUUCGGGAUCCAGACUGUGAAAUGUAUCCUACUCUGUUGGGCCGUCCAGCGGAAAGAGGUUAAGGGUAGGCGUGCGCCCAGGCCUUCUGGCCACUGUCGUGUGGGCACAAGUGCCUGUAGCAUCACACACGACAGACAGUGUUGCCGCCUAUCAUGGAGGCAGCAUGUGUCUCUUCUGCUGCAAACAGGCGCCGAAAUCGUUCUUCCAUUGGCUCAGCCGGCAACGGGAGCUGGCAGCGGUCAGAGUAGAGGCCUGGCCAGAGCAGCCGGCGAAUUCCGGACAGGGACAAAGAUAAAGCGGGAAAAUUAA